CAAAAUGUAGUCAUACUGGAAAAAUGACUUAGCCUCUUUCUUCUUCAUGUGGCAGUUAUGAAACACAUUAAGUUACUUUUAUUUUACCCGUCAACUCUCCAGCACAGCUUUGGAAGUUGGUAAACACGGUCAACAAUGGAGUGCAAUUGCAACUUGACUCCUGAGGAGAGAGAGGGUCAGAGGAUAUCCAAGGAAAUAGAAAAACAACUCAAAAAGGACAAAGAGAAACAGAAACGGGAUUUGAAACUGCUGCUUUUAGGCCCUGGUGAAAGCGGGAAGAGCACCUUCAUCAAACAGAUGAGGAUCAUACAUGGCAAGGGAUACGACGAAUCGGACAGAAAAGGUUUUAAUAAGCUAGUGUGCCAGAAUAUCAUCACAGCCAUCCAGGCACUGAUUGAAGCCAUGAGUGCACUAAAGAUCGACUAUCUUGAUGACCAAAACAUUAAAUAUGCUGAAAAACUGAUACCUGUGGAUGUAACCAUGGUCCAUACUUUAGCAUCCUGGCAAGUGGAUGCUAUUAAGCGAUUAUGGAGUGACCUUGGAGUACAGAAGUGUUACGACCGGAGGAGGGAGUACCAGCUGUCAGACUCUGCUAAAUACUUUCUAAGUGACAUAAACAGAAUCACAGCCCCAGGUUACAUUCCAACUCUGCAGGAUGUCUUGAGGGCCAGGGUUGCCACCACCGGCAUCAUAGAGUACCCAUUUGAAAUACAAAAAGUUAUCAUCAGGAUGGUGGAUGUGGGUGGCCAGCGUUCACAAAGAAAGAAGUGGAUUCACUGCUUUGAAAAUGUCACCUCCAUCAUAUUCCUGGCAGCACUUAGUGAAUACGAUCAAGUUCUUUUUGAGAGUCAGGAGAUUAAUCGACUGGCUGAAAGUCUUGCCCUGUUCAAGACCAUAAUUUCAUCCAUUUGGUUUAAGAGCACCUCUACCAUCCUCUUUUUGAACAAAACAGAUCUACUUGAGGAGAAAAUCAAAACAUCACACUUGGCAACGCACUUCCCAAAGUUCAAUGGGCCUCAGUGUGAUGGUGAAGCAGCAAAGACGUUCAUCCAGAAGAUGUUCAUUGAGCUUUACAAAGUGAAGGACAAUCCCCUCUACACACACUUCACUUGUGCUACAGACACUGAAAACAUCCGAUUUGUCUUCAAUUGCGUGAAAGAUAUAAUUUUCUGUAACCAUUUAAAUGCUUAUUCACUCAUGUAGACUAGAAAGAAGACAUGAUGUUUCACAGAUUUUACAGAUAAUUUUAUCAUCCAUAAAGAGAUGUGUUAACCCCUAAAAUUCCUACCAAUUCUAGAAUGCUAUGAGUAUUAAAUUCAAAUGUUAUAUUUAAUCUCCCCCAGGAUUCAAAUGAAUUACAUUUACUCUUCACUACACUUACAAAGUAGAGCUGGGCGCCAACUAAUGACACAGCCUAUCAAGUGGACACCAACUUGGUGUGAUACAUGCUCCAAAAACUGAAA